AUGUCAAGCAACUUUUCCGAUCAGAAGCGGCCUUCAAGUGCUGGAGUUUACAAUGCGCCAGAAGAGCACAGUGAUAUUGGCGAGAACACGGAAAAACCUGUUCGCAAAGAAGGUCUUGACAACGCUAUUGCGUACGACUCGGUUCGAUCGCCAUCCCAGGUAAAGCGAUGCGACUCUGACGCCUACGACGUGCCCCAAGACUAUAGCGACUUGAACGAGACCACAUCAGUUCCAGCGCCCGAUGUGCUGUCACCGAGACCGACAUGUGGUCGAUCGACGAGGCAAAGCAGCGUAGCUCGUCGUGGGAAUACGAUCGAAGAACCAGAGCCGCCAACACGAGGGACAGAAGAGAAGAAGCCAUCAAAGCUUCUCACCCAGCUGUACACACACUCGUAUCUCGUGCUUUUCGCGAUUUUCGGAACAUUAGCGCGCCUAGGUUUGACGGCCUUGACGCGUUAUAGCGGGACUCCUGUUAUCUUCAACACAAUAUGGGCGAACUUUACUGGAAGUCUGGUUAUGGGGUUUCUUGCCGAAGACCGGAAGCUUUUCCGUAACGAGUGGGGGGCACCAACAUACGACGAAGCCAUUAAGCGUGCUGCAGAGAAGCGCAGCGAAGGGGUGGACGGUUCUGGUUCGAGUCGGCGUAUGGAGGUAGAUCUGGACGCAGCGAAGCGGGCACACUUGGCCACCAAAAAGACGAUCCCGAUGUACAUCGGACUUGCGACGGGCUUUUGCGGAAGCUUCACGACCUUCUCAAGUUUCAUCAAAGACGUUUUCCUGGCCCUGUCCAACGAGCUGGCGACUCCUGGAUGGCCAGACUCGCCUACGAGCCGCAAUGGGGGGUACUCUUUUAUGGCCAUGUUGGCAGUUAUCAUUACAACAGUUGCGUUAUCGCUGUCCGGAUUGUUUGUAGGUACGCACUUGGCUGUCGGUCUUGAGCGCGUAACGCCUUCGAUACCCUUUUCGCUGAGUCGGCGCGUGCUUGAUCCGUUGGCUGUGCUCCUUGGUUGGGGCUGCUGGCUCGGCGCUGUACUGCUCGCCAUCUUCCCACCUCACGAAGCCUGGCGAGGGCAAGCCAUUUUUGCACUGGUGUUCGCCCCCUUGGGCUGUCUCUUGCGCUUUUACUUAUCCCUUCACCUCAAUGGAAAGAUGGCGACAUUCCCCGUGGGGACAUUCUCUGCUAAUGUGCUGGGAACAAUGUUGUUGGGAAUGGCGUGGGAUCUUGCACACGUGCCUCUCGGUGGAGUUGUCGGUUGCCAGGUGCUGCAGGGCAUUGAAGAUGGGUUCUGCGGGUGUUUGACCACCAUUUCUACUUGGGUGACUGAACUCGCCGGUCUACGAAGACGAAGUUCGUGGGUCUAUGGGACGACAAGUGUCGUUGUCUCUCUGGCGAUAAUGAUUGCUAUCAUGGGAGGACUGCGAUGGAGUGAUGGGUAUAGCAAACUCUCAUGCAAAACCUAA